CUGAGGGAAGCCAUGCCCUACCACAGAGUCCUUCGUCUGGUCCUGCUAACGCUGUGCGGCAUCCUGGUCCCUGCUGUGCUGACAGCAGAGUAUCCACAGGGCCCGGUCCCCACCCUCUGGAACGAGCCACCAGAGCUGCCUUCCGGAGCCGGCCCCUUCGACGCUGCCACCACCACAGCCCGGCUCUCAGAUGCCACCGCCUUCCCCCCGUACACCUCCGAGCUGGAACCCGAGGACACCACCCACCUGCACCGGCUGGACGCCGGGGACGGCUCGCUGGGGCCCGGAGCUAUCGGUGCCAUUGUCAUCGCUUCCCUCCUGGGUACGUCUGUGCUUGUGGCCUUGGUUGUCAUCACGCUGAGAAAGUUCUCAGCCUCCUGA